UUAUUAUUAUAAUAAUUAUGAGCCAAUCCUGUGCUUAUCGCGUCGCUGGCUCGUUGCCCCUCUUGUACGCGCGCUGGUCCUUCUGCUCUCCUUCUCGUCGCAGCAAUGCCGGCAGUCUGCCCGCAGCUGGCAUGCAUGCGAAAUUUUAUGGGUAGCACAGUUCAUAAAACACGUAGUUCAGAGAGGAGUAAUCGCAAAUCUCGUCAGGUUUCUAAUGCUAUCUGCUUAGCUUCCAAGGGACGCGGCUUUGGGACCGAACCUACUAAGAAAGACAAGAAACCAAGCGUGAAGAACCCAAAAGACAACUUGCGCCUCGAAUCAGAACCAAAAAAAUUGAUUUCUGGGGAGCCUGUUGGGAGGAAUCGACAGGCACCGGAAUUAACUACUGGUAUUGAUAGAAAAUCAAGCAAUGUAGUCUUAGAUCGGCAAUUUCUAGAGAAGGUGGAGGCAGUUAGGAGAUCUGCACUCGAGAAAAAGAAAGCUGAUGAGAACAAAAUUUAUCAAGCUAUAGAUUACGAUGCACCUGUCGAAUCAGAACAGAGUACAAUUGGCUUUGGUACCAAAGUAGGAGUUGGCAUAGCAGUUUUGGUCUUUGGGUUAGUAUUUGCUUUUGGUGACUUCCUUCCGUAUCGAAGUGAUGACCCUAUCAAGGAUGCUACAGUUGUUGAAAAGAAACUUACUCCAGAGGAGAAAGAAACCCUUCAGAGGACACUUGAGAGUUAUGAGGCGACACUUAGCAAGUCACCCAAAGAUCUUACUGCUCUGGAAGGAACAGCUGUUACAUUAGUUGAAUUAGGUGAAUACCAAAAAGCAUCAACUCUUCUUGAGAAGUUAUGUAAGGAAAGUCCUAAUAAUGUUGAUGCAUAUCGUUUGCUAGGAGAAGUAAAGUAUGAGCUCAAGGAUUACGAAGGAAGUUCUUCAGCAUACAGAAGUGCUUUAUCAUUGUCUGAUGGUAUUGAUUUUGAAGUUCUACGCGGGCUUACAAACUCGUUGCUUGCCGCCAAAAGACCUGAUGAGGCAAUUCAAGUGCUUCUAUCAUCACGGGAAAAAUUGAAUGAAGAAAAUCAAAAACAACUUAGCAAUUUGGUGGAUUCAAAUGGUGAUGAUGCAAAGAAGACGCAGAAAAUUGAUCCUAUACAAGUGAUAGUGUUGCUCUAUAAAUUUCUCUUUGUUGACUUGCUUAUAGGAAAAGCCUAUUCCGACUGGGGCAAUGCAAGUGAUGCUGUGGCAGUUUAUGAUAAGCUCAUCAAUGAACAUCCAGAUGACUUUCGUGGUUACUUGGCAAAGGGAAUUAUAUUGAAAGAAAAUGGCAAACUAGGAGAUGCGGAAAGGAUGUUCAUUCAAGCAAAAUUCUUUGCUCCGGAUGCAGCAAAGGCGCUUGUUGAUAGAUAUGCGCGAAAAUGAUUAGCGACAAGUAAAUAUAGGAUGGGCUUUAAGAAGUGAACAUGCAGGCCCUUGGAAAUAGUUACAUUAAGCUGAAAAAAAAAAAAAAAAAAACAAUGUCCUUGCUAAUGAAUAGACAUUGCUAAGCUCUUAAGGCGAAUUCCAGGCUGCAGGAUCUGGUGUGACAUGUAGAGUGCUAUAUGAGGCUUGAUGAAACUAUAUCACAUUCAUUUGCUCUAUUGUUUCAUAUUUAACAGCAUAACAUUGGAAUAUGUGUUCCUUUUUGUUUGUAACAUAUUUUCAUGAGAUAUUUGUACAUGAUUUCAAGGUAGAUGUUAUCUUCAAUUGACUACGAAGAACGAAGAGGAGUCGCAAUUGUUUCUGAUGGAGACAUUCCCAAAGCUUGUUGAUAAUUUUCACAGGCUCUCCUUGAACUAUUAACUGUACUUAAAGACAUUUUGUAGAUAUCAGAAUAAAUCAUUCAAUAACAACUUGUGUUUUUUUGUGGUUGGAAA